AUGCAGAUCCUUGUGCUGAUCCUUGGGAUCCUGCUGCUCCCUAAAACAUGUCCAUUGGAAUGUUAUGAAUGCAUACCAGGACCAUCUGGAAGCUGCAAUGAGACAACAAAAGAAUGUCCAUCCAAUACUCAGUGUGGUUCAGUCAGAAUGAUUUCAAAUAUGGGUGGUUCAGAAUUUAAAUUUAUGGGGAGAACUUGUGUUACGCCUGAUCAGUGCUUCAGUGGCUCAGUCAACUUUGGAUUUGCCCAAGUUGUAACUAACAGCAAGUGUUGCACCUCUGAUCUGUGCAACUCUCAAGAUGUCCCUGAUUGGAGCAUACCCUCACCAAAUGGGAAAAAAUGCUCGCAAUGUGAUGGAAAUGACUGCACCAAAACUCUAAACUGCAACAGAAAUGAGGACUACUGCAUUUCAGCAGAAGUGAAUGCAGGAGGGGAAACUACUAAAGUAAAGGGCUGCGCCUCCAAGAUGAUUUGUUCAAACACACAAACUGCACAGCUUUCAGGAAUCAUUGGAGGAGAAGUCAGCUGCUGCCAGGGUGACCUCUGCAACAGUGAUACAACAACAGCUACCAUCCUUGUAUGCUUUGUGGCACCGCUGAUCGCUUUGGUCUUGUUCUCUUAG